AAUAAAAAAAUAAAAAAGAAAAGGGGCCUCUUUCAAAGCACGAAAGGAAAUGAAUCCUCCGGUGAGCCCUAAACGCCUUGAGAAGCCCCUGUUUUCUGCUGCGAUUGCCAAUCAAUCAUGCAACAGGGCGGGGGAUCGGAGACGGAGGUCACUUGGGAGGAUCAGCAGAACAUCAACAAGUUCUCCAAGCUCAACAAUCGGUUCCACGAGCUGGAGGAUGAGAUCCGAAUCGCCAAGGAAACAAACGACAAUCUUGAGGAUGCGAGCAAUGAGUUGAUUCUUACUGAUGAGGAGGUUGUGCGCUUCCAGAUAGGGGAGGUUUUCGCUCACGUGCCAAAGGACGAAGUAGAGAGCCGAAUCGAAGAGAUGAAAGAAGUAACUACGAAAAACUUGGAGAAGUUGGAAGAUGAGAAAGAUUCUGUGCUUGCGCAGAUGGCCGAGUUGAAGAAAGUUCUGUAUGGAAAGUUCGGGGACUCCAUCAAUUUGGAAGAGGAUUAACAUAGCUCUUGCUGCUGGUUUUACUUUGGUUUCUGUUCAUUGAAUCAUAUCUCAUUUUGCUUUACCGGCUUCAGGAAAUUUGGAAUGCCUGCUGUAAGAUCAAUGCAAUAGCCUGGUUUGCUCUGCCAACUGCCCUUAUGAGUGACUGUUAUCAUGUUCUUGAACUCUUUGUUGCCAUCAGUUUUGGUCUCCUUCUUGGUUACGAUCACUUGAAUAUGACAUUCUACCUUCAGUCUCAA